AAUAUUUGAGCAUUAAAUAAAACAUCAUCCAACAUUUGUUGUUUUUUAAUUUAAAAAUAGCUUGUAAUGUGUAUACAAUUAUUGUGACCCACGUUUGGGAUAUUUUACAGUGUCAACAUAAUCCUGUUAAUGCUUUUUAAAAUUAGUUUUGAAAUAAUAUAUUUGUUAAAAUGCACAAUCAGUAUUUUUGACUGUAUCAUUUACAGUACAGUACUUCUUUUCUCAAAGAUGGGUGUGAUGUUCUUUGUGUUUGUUCAGGCUCUACUAAGUACACGGAUAAAGACAGCGGCGGGAUGCUGGUUUGGUCUCCGUAUCACACCAUCGUCGACUCCAAACUUGAUGAAUACAUCGCUUUGGCCAAAGAGAAACAUGGAUACAACGUGGAGCAGGCACUCGGCAUGCUGUUCUGGCACAAACACAACAUAGAGAAGUCUCUGGCCGACCUGCCGAACUUCACCCCGUUUCCAGACGAGUGGACGGUGGAGGACAAGGUGCUGUUUGAACAGGCCUUCAGCUUCCAUGGCAAGAGCUUCCACCGCAUCCAGCAGAUGUUACCGGACAAAUCCAUCUCCAGUCUGGUAAAGUACUACUACUCCUGGAAGAAGACUCGCUCCAGAACCAGCCUGAUGGACCGGCAGGCUCGUAAACUGGCCAACAGGAGCAACCAGGACGACAGGUCACUCCCAAACUCUCAGUUUAUGAAUGAUGAGGAGAUGGAGGAGGCCCCUCCCAUCGAAGCCAACGACAGCGACUACGACCCCAACAAGGAAACCAAGAAAGAGUUGGUCAGUAAGCAGCUCUGCGUUUCGUUCCUGCAGACCCAGGUGGAGCCGGUGGUGCCGGGCUCGAAGGUGGCUUUGGGUCGGCGGGAGCACCACACCCUGCAGCACCGACACCACCAGCGCUCCCGCUGCCGCCCCCCCAAAGGCAUGUACCUGACCCAGGAGGACGUGGUGUCCGUGUCCUGCAGCUCCUCCGCCGCCAACACCCUCCUCCGUCAGCUGGACAUGGAGCUGGUGUCCCUCAAGAGACAGGUGCAGAACGCCAAGCAGAUGAACAGCGGACUGAAACACAUGUUGGAUUCUGGGAUUGGAGAGUUCAGACUGGCUGAGUGUAACCAGAAGGUGAACGCCCGCUGGACCUCAGACGAGCAGCUCCUGGCUGUUCAAGGCGUGAGGAAAUACGGGAAAGACUUCCAGGCCAUCGCCGACGUCAUCGGUAAUAAGACGGUGGGACAGGUGAAGAACUUCUUUGUGAACUACCGGCGGCGGUUCAACCUGGACGAGGUGCUGCAGGAGUGGGAGGCCGAGCGGGGAACGCGAGCUCCCAACGGAGACUGCGUGACCUCUGGAGAGGAGGGGAAGACGAGCUCCACCACACCGUCGGGGAAGAGCACUGACGAAGAGGAUGAAGAGGGUCAGGUGACCUCCUCAGGUGCGUCUCCUGCUGCCUCCUCUUCGGCUCAGGUUCCAGUGACGUCCAGCACCACCACCUCCUCCUCCUCCCUCCACCAGCCCCCUCCCCUCCUGCGGCCCUCCCUCCCGGCCACGCCCUCCCUACACCGCCAGCCUCCGCCCCUCCAACAGCAGGCCCGUUUCCUGCAGCCCCGCCCCACCCUGCAGCAGCCUCCGCCACUCAUUCGCCCCUCCAACCCCAUGCCCCCCCGCCUCAACCCACGCCCUCCCAUUCCCAUGACCCUCGGCGGCAACCCCGGGGGGUCAGGUCCAAGCUCCGCCCAGCAGCCCCCCGGCAUGGCUGUCCACCAAUCAGAGGCCUCAUCUUCCUCCCUCCACUGACGAACAUCAGACGGAGUUUCUGCGGAAGAGACACAAGAAAGAAAAUGUUCAAUCUGAAGCUGCUGCGUUCAGGUCCUGUGGGAAAAUCUGAGUGACUUAAUUCUUCAGAACAAGGAAAGCGAGUUUCACGGCCUCCGAUCACUUUUUCUACUCUUACCACACAAGAACAUAAAGGUGACAAGGAACACAAUCCAAAGUGUUUGUUUGUUGGUCAGCAGUAUUUUAGGAGUUGACGUUUGUCUUUCCCACAGGAUUUACAUGCAGCAAUCCUGCUGGUCUAUGGACACCUGGUUUUCAAAUCUUUGUUUUGCAAAAGAUCUUUGGCUACCAAGUCUUUCAGUCUUUAUAAAUCUGUCACAGAAUGUGUGCAGAUUGUUAAAGCAGAGCCUUUACAGUCACUAGACAUGUGGCGUCCCACAGGGUUCAAUCCUAGGUCCCUGCUUUUUCUUUUAUCAUUAUGCCUCCACUUGGACAUAACUGCAUAAACCGCAAAGAAAAAUGGCACACGACAGCGGUACCUGUACAUUUCAAAGUGAUUUAUCAGUUCUCAUCAGCAGCCUAGUAGAUACUAAAGGCUCGAGAUGUUGCAGUAUUUUCUACAGCUAAAUUAAUCUAAUUGAAAUAAAGUAAUAGAGUCUAAUAUAACUUUGAAUUGGGUUUUAAAUUCAACUUGAAUCAGUGUAUCUUCUUACAUUAAGAAAGUCAACAUUUGUAUUGAUUUAAUUUCAUUAUCUUUUAUGAGUUGUCUUAAUCCUCCACCUUCCAGAGUUAUCCACAUGUAAACUGUACUGAGUCUCUGCUGACUCUCAACCCUCUCUUGUCGAUUGGUCCGAACAAAUUAUUCCAAAAAAUACUGGCUCCCCAGAAGAUGAACCAUUUUGGAUUUUAGUGAACCCAUGAUCUUUUACAACUAACUACAUGUUCAUCUCCACCGAUGAUGAAAGUCAAUGUUGUCUGUUCCUGUUGUGGCUGUAAUGACCACUAGGGGUCACCAACGCGCUCACACAUUUUCCAAAGGGCUUUACGAUCUUUACUGCAUACGACCUUUCGGCCUAGAUACAAAUAAGGAAACACUUGAGGCUGAUGUUAAAAGGUCAGUCUGGCAUAUUUUUCUUGUCGUCAACAAGUCUCAUGUUUAUCCUCAAACCAACAUUGUGUCAGUCGCUCUCUAUACUGACUGACUUACUGUAUGUGGCUCUCAGCUCCAGGCACAUUCAUUGGUUCCUACUGAAGAAGUAAAUCUUUAAAAAAGUCUCAGCAAUUACCCUAAAACAGCAGGUAACUGUAGUUUUUUUCCCAGUGUAACUGUUACAAUGGAGCUUCAUGGCACAGAGGAAGAAGAUAUAUCAGGCUUUAAUACACACAUAAAUUAAGUUAGUCUAUGGUACAUUUAUUGUUGGUUUGAGGCUGAACAUAAAGAGAAAUAUAUCACCAGACCUGUCCUUAAAUGAUGUGCCACUGAGACAAAAUAUGAUCGCAGUUUUUAUGAUUUGUUGUCACCCAGCGCUUAAGCGGUGGUAAAAAAAACCUCUCUGACAGUCAUGAUGUUUGUGUAACAGAUGGAGGUUGAACCGAAAGCCUCAGUGUUGUGAACAGUAGCAUUAGACAUCUACGUGUACAGUUUGGUAUCUAUUCGAAUAAUUUGUAACCUGCUGUCCAUCAAAUCAGCUGUCAGUAACUCAUUAACUUAACUCUGUGACAAACGUUUGAUAUGAAGCUUUUUUGAAAACACUUAAAAAAAACACUUCAGUGUAGAAAUAGUCUCCGAGAGCCAAAUGAGAACUGGUCCUCGCUGUUCUUCUAAUUGUCCUGUUGUUGGAUUUAACUUUCUCAGAGUAGCUGUUGUGUUGAAGAUUCAUUUUGAAACGCCCUAAAUGUUAGCUUCAUCUGGAAUGUGAGCUUCGGAUGUGUUGUCUGUCUUUUUUUUGUGUUAUUUAUUCUUCUUCCUGUUGCUGUCAGUUUGGACUUGGUGUGAAAAAAAAAUAAAAUCAUUGUGAAAGUGCUCUUAAUGCUUUUUGGACAAACAUGCAUCACGGCGUUAAAUGUAACUGGAGUCAUCGAGUCGUACGUCGAGUUUCAGUACAACUUGUAAAAUAUUGCUGUUCACAUGUAGCUGCUGAGACGUCUCAUUAAAAACUACAUUUGUACCAUC